UUCCCCCGGAAGUGACGACGUUCUGGUUCCUCCGCCUGUAGUGUCAACAUGGCGGCCUUGAAGAAGGUUGUUUCCAGCUUCAGGCGCGUAGACCGGUUGGUCUCCUGCAGGUUUUCCAGAUCCUCCUCCAGCUCAGAGUCCCGCGGGGCCGCCGGCGGAGACCAGCCCGACGCGGACAGACCCAGAUCCGGCUUCGCCGCGGCUUUCGACCUGCAGUCGGAGCUCCGGCGGGGGGCGGAGAGAUCUGCGGCCGGCGGCAGCGUCUCCUCCUCCGACCAGGAGCAGAACUUCGCCUCGCUGCUCCGCGGGUCCCCGCUGAUCCAACUGGGACCGGCCAAAGACAAGGUGGUGGUCGGGAGGAUCGUGCACGUGGUCCGGGACGACCUGUACGUCGACUUCGGGGGGAAGUUCCACUGCGUGUGCCGGCGACCCGCCGACGGGGAGAAGCUGCAGCGGGGAACCAGGGUCCGUCUGCGGCUGCAGGACCUGGAGCUCACCUCCCGCUUCCUGGGAGCCAGCACCGACACCACGCUGCUGGAGGCCCAAGCCGUUCUGCUGGGCCCGCUGGAAGGAAGGGAGGCCCGGGAGAACCAGAACCAGAACUGACCGUCAGACCCGUCCUCUAAAGGUCUUGUGCUCAGCAGAGACGUCAAUGUCAAUUUUGGAAUCCUAUGUAAUAUGUAAUUUAUAGUAUUCUAAUAAAUAUUAUUUGUAUUAAAACGUC